AUGAGGUCGCGCCGAGCAGCGUCGACCCUGCGCCAUGCACAGGCUGCCGUCUCCGAUGCCGUGGCAUUCCGGAGCGGCGCCGUCGUGAGGCCCGUCUGCUGCAAUGCGGCGCCGGCCAGCACCCGGCGGUUCACUGCGGCCACGACGGCUGCUCCCGCGACAAUGGCUCUGGCCCCUCCGGGCAUUCCAAUCCCGAACGUGCCCCGGAGACCCGGCUUCCGCCAGCAAUUCGCUCCUAGGGCACCGGCCCGGCGGUGCCUCCACGGGCAACCACCUCGGCGCAGCGGCGCGCCCUCCAACCCGGCCAUCCAGUUUCCCUGUCUCGACGCCCUCGAAAACCGGUCGGCAACCCUCGAGCGGCAGGCGUCGGCGCGCUCCGACAACAGCGGCCCGGAGCCGCAUUACACCGUCGGCGUGACCAAGGUUUACCACUGCAAAGAGCCUCUCCUGCUCGACCAUGGCGGCCACCUCCACGAGUUCGACAUCGCCUACGAGACGUGGGGCCAGAUGAACUCGACCCGCUCCAACGUGAUCCUCCUCCACACCGGCCUCUCCGCCUCCUCCCACGCGCACUCGACCGCCGAGAACCCGCAGCCGGGCUGGUGGGAGAAGUUCAUCGGCCCGGGCCUGGCCCUCGAUACCAACAAGUACUUCGUCAUCUGCACCAAUGUCAUCGGCGGCUGCUACGGCUCGACCGGCCCCUCCAGCAUCGACCCGCUCGACGGCCAGCGCUACGCCACCCGCUUCCCCAUCCUGACCAUCCAGGACAUGGUGCGCGCCCAGUUCCGCCUGCUCGACCACCUCGGCGUCGACGUCCUGUACGCCAGCGUCGGCUCCAGCAUGGGCGGCAUGCAGUCGCUCGCCGCCGGCGUCGAGUUCCCCUCGCGCGUCGGCCGCAUCGUCUCCAUCUCGGCCUGCGCCCGCAGCCACCCGUACAGCAUCGCGAUGCGCUACGUCCAGCGCCGCGCCAUCCUCAACGACCCCAACUGGAACCGCGGCUUCUACUACGGCCGCGUGCCCCCGCACGUCGGCAUGAAGCUCGCCCGCGAGAUCGCCACCAUCACCUACCGCUCCGGGCCCGAGUGGGAGCAGCGCUUCGGUCGCCGCCGCGCCGACCCCUCCAUGCCCCCGGCCCUGUGCCCGGACUUCCUCGUCGAGACCUACCUCGACCACGCCGGCGAGAAGUUCUGCCUCACCUACGACGCCAACAGCCUGCUCUACGUCAGCAAGGCCAUGGACCUUUUCGACCUCGGCCGCGCCAACCAGCUCGCCACCGCCCAACGCCGCGCCGAACGCCUGGCCGCCCUCUCCCGAUCCGCAGACAAAUCUCCUUCCUCCUCCCCAUCCUCCUCUUCCACCACUGGCAGCAGCAGCAGCAGCAGCAGUACCGCCGGCGGCGCGCCCACGUGCAGCCUCACCCUCCCGGACAAGCCCUACGAGGAACAGCCGCAGCCGGUAGCCGACACGCCCAUGCUCUCGGCGCUGAGCGCCGAGACCUUCCCCCCGCACCAGCCGCAGCAGCCCCCCGCCGACCUGGUCGCCGGCCUCGCCCCGCUGCGCCACCACCCCGUGCUGGUCCUCGGCGUGGCCAGCGACAUCCUGUUCCCCGCCUGGCAGCAGCGAGAGGUGGCCGAGGCGCUACGCCGGGCCGGCAACGACCGGGUCGAGCACCACGAGCUGAGCGAGGUCCAGAGCCUGUUUGGGCACGACACCUUCCUCCUCGACGUCGAGGGGGUCGGCGGUGCGGUGAAGAACUUUCUGGGCUGA